AAGCGCUCACUGAUCUGCUUUUUCUGCUGAACGCAGCCAUUGCAAAUCAGUAGAUAUAUAAUACAGUAGAAAUCUUUAUACGCGCGUUAUGCAAAUCAUUUUCAAUUAUCACUAAUUAUUAUGAUAAUUAAUCAGUAAUUACUGUGCAAUGUGGUACAAAACACGGAUGAUAAUACAUAACGUGUUAUAUUAAUCAUAUGUAAAUGCUCUAGUAAGAACUAUUACAUAUAAAAUAUACUUAUUUCUUUUGUUAAAAUAGUAAAAACCAGUUUGGAAUAAACGUCUAAUGCAUCGUAACCCUCUAUAAAUAUCUAUCAUUGGAACUUUUCAAAGUAUUAGAUAGCCGUGGCUUGAAGUGAGUAAUAUUGAAAACUGAAGAGUUAAUUUGGAGUACUUGAUUGAAGUGUACAUACCUGCAAUCAUAAAAUUACAUAAUACAGAUAUAGUAAGCAAUAUAUGUAGAAAAGUUAUAAAUUUCUACAAAUACGUUACAUAAAUUAUACAUUCCUCUUAAUGUAUCUUAAAAUAUUAACAGGCUAGGAGAAUGGAUAUUAUCUUUCUUAUAUUAUGCAUAUUAUGCAUUCUUGUAAUAAUGAAAAUUUUGCGGAUGAUGCAUAGACAAUAUGUUGUUUGGAAUAAAGUCAGACAUCUUCCUCGGGACGUGUAUCCUUUUAUUGGUAGUUCGCUUGCGUUUAUAAAGAUGUCAGAUCGAGGUGGGAAAGUUUGUAAAUUAAGUGUUAUUAUUGCAGAAAUGAAACAUUUUCUAAUAGUGUCAUAUAUUUGUAUGUAAUUAAUGUAGUGAUGUAAUUAGUGAAUCUAGUGCGAACGUGUGCUUUUGUCUGCAGAACAACUAGAAUGGUCUCUGUCACCCAUCAACAGAUUUAAAGAAGGUAUAGGCUUAGAAUGGAUUGUAGGCAUGCCGAUAAUAUUUGUAUUCAAGCCCGAAUUUGUUCAGGUAAGAAGUAAAUACUACCAAGUUUGUUUUCAUUAAUUAAUUUAAAUUACAUUUUCAACUUUAAAUAUUAUUGCUGUAGAAAUCAAACGUUUCAUAACAAGAAUAUGCGAAAACUUGAUUUUGAUGAUUUUUAAUAAUUCGAGUACACUGUAUUCAAUAGGGAAAACCGUACCUCUUAAAAGUCGCGACAUUAGAUGAUUGAUAUAUCAUUUUAAAGCUAGAAACCUGAAUUUUUCAGGUUUGAAAAAAAAAUGAAAAUUGAAUAAGUAGUUCCGGAGAUAUUAUCAAAAAUGUAGAUUGAAGUAAAAUUGCAUGAGGCAUGUAAUCUGGACGGAGAUAUGUUUGAUAAUAUCUCCGGCAUUUAUCCAACCUCCGUUUUCUUUUCAAGUCUGAAAAAUUCAGGUUUCUAGCUUUAAAAUAGUGUAUCGCACGACCUUUUAAUGUCACGGGAAGUAUUAGUUAUAUUAGUCUGAAACAUGCUCUAAACAGUUAUUUUCGCAACUUUGUCUCAACUUUUCGACAACUCCCGCGACUUUUAAAAGGGUAAAGUCCAUGCAGAUUUUUUUCGCACAAUUCAAACACAAAACUUUUUAUUGAGAAUUGAUAUGAAAUUUUGCGUUCAAUUUAACUAAAAAAAUCUGUACAGGCUUCUCUAUCAAUUCAAUACGCGUUAUAUGCCAUUCUGACAUUUGCUUGAACAUGCAAAAUUUUAUUGUUAGUUCUGUUAUUGCUGAAUUUUAAUCCGUCCUCAUUUAGAAAGCAAAAAGAAUUGUUACAGAUGGUUUGGAAACUCUGUAUGUUUAUAUAUUGCUAAAUUGUUUUCUAGCCUAUUUUGACUAGUACUGUGGAUCUUGACAAGGGAUUAGUUUACACCUUGAUGAAACAAACCAUAGGGAAUGGACUUCUCACUUCUGGAGGAACACAAUGGGUCCAUGAUAGGAAAUUCAUUGCUCCAACAUUCCAUACAAGUAUAUUGAACAAAUAUACCAUGACUAUAUCGGAAAAAACAAAUAUCCUAAUAAAAUGCCUCGAGAGAGAAAUCGAAAGAAAUUCAGGCAAUGCUAUCCAUAUUGUUCCUUUCGUUGGAAAAGUUAUUCUCGAUAUUACAUGCGAUACAGCAAUGGGAGUGAAUUUACGAAUCCAAGAAGCUGAAAGUGACCUUGAGUCUGUAAUAGAUAGGUCAGCUUACAUAUUCCGAUACAUCAUAAUUAGUUAUUCUCACUAUUAAGAAACCAUAAUUAAGUUUAUUAAAUAAAUUGUGUGUGUGUGUGUGUGUGUGUGUGUGUGUGAGUGAGUGAGUGAGUGAGUGAGUGAGUGAUAUAUACACUUAUAAAGUACUAAUCUUAUUUCUUAGAGGCUCUCAGUUAUUAUUUGAGAGGAUGCUUCAACCGUGAUACUGGAUUGAUUGGCUCUACUAUCUGUCGAGUAAUGGAAGAGAAUUUAAAUCAGUACUUAAUAAAUUUCAAAAAUUUUUAAACGAGGUAUGCUGAACACUGACAAUAUAUACAUGUUACAUCAUUAAAAUAGUAGAUGCGGAAAUUAAUUCGGUACUUUUACAUUUAAUAAAUCAUAACU